AUGGUGUUCAAUACCGAGUGGAUUCCAAACGCUAAAUUUUCUGGGGGAGCGUUUUCUGCCGGCGUAGCUGAUGUUUCUCCGGGCAAUGCGAGCGCUCCUCGUUCAAAUGAUGGAGAUUCCCUUGAAAAUAGUUCAAUCGCUUCUGAUGACGAGACGAAUAUUGCGCGGUCUGAUGCUGACCCCGUGAUUGAAGCAACCGGCGCCGUCGAGCAUGCCCGCAGUGCUUCCCCUCCUGCCUAUCGCUUGGAGGCGCUGCCCCUUGGUUCUCGUGAGAACCCGAUUGAAAUAGAAGAUGAAGAGGCCAAUACCGACAGAAGGGGUAAUGACGAAAUAAAUGAAUAUGAAAGACUAAACAGACCAAGGUUCGACCCCGUCGAGAUCAUCCCUUUCCAAGCAACCGUUAUUGAUGAAGAGGAGGUCCUUUGCGCUCAAGACCGCAUCAGUAGAUGGUUCCUUAACCAUAUCCGACACAACUCCCAAAGGGUUUUGCAUGGUCGAUCCCGUCAUGCUUGCGCUGCCGCUGGACCAGUGGAAACGUAUUGGACGACCAACAAACUGAUGGAAUCUGUCUUGGAGGAGCUGGACAAUAUCUUGAAUAACGCCUCCUGCGUUGAGUUGAUCCACGUAUAA